AUGGACUUCUUUCCUGUGAGAUUUUCUGUGUAUCUUUGCUUAGUUAACUCUAUAGGCAAAAGGCCAGGACAUGUGCAGAUGGACUUUUCACGCACCCUUGCACCCUCUGCCGGAUUGUCCCAUGUCUGCGCCAACCCGAGUGUGACCGCUAGCAUGGGCACCGCGGACGCCGUUGAGCACACGAGCGUGCCCUGCAGCGGCGCCCGCGCGAAGAGGCGCCACGAGUACACGACCAUCGCGGGUAAGAGCAGGCCCGCUGCAGCAUCGAAGAGCGUGCGCGAGAGCAAGAUGUCGCAGAUGACGGAGGUCCGUGGUCACCUGCGGGGCGCGCCGUGUGUAUGUAUGGGGGUGACGGACCUCGAUGCUGCGCCGCUGCCGCGGCCGUCUGCCCCCGUCGCCCCUAGCCACCUGCUCGCCCCUCCUGCCGUCGUCCCUUCCCUAAGACAGGACUCCACGCCCGCGGCGUCCUCGUCCACCCCGCCCUCCUCCGUGCACAACAAGCAGCAACCACAGCCAUCCGCACUCCCCGUGCAGCCAUUCGCCAGCGUUGCACAGCACCCGCACUCCCCGGAGACGAUCUUUGCAAUGAUCAAAGAUCUCGGCAACGCGUUCCUUCCCUCGUACAUGGGAGGGAACGCGAACGGAUGA